AUGCCGCUCGAGGCAACGAUGAUGAUAAUUGACAACUCAGAAUACAUGCGCAAUGGAGACUAUAUCCCAUCCCGCUUCGAAGCCCAGUCUGAUGCUGUCAAGACCAUCUUCCAGACCAAGAUUGAUUCAAAUCCAGAGAACACUGUUGGCGUCAUGACAAUGGCUAACAAAGGGUUCUCGUGA